UUUUGUGAAUGAGGACGGCCUCCUCCGGUCUGGUGGGUUUCCGUCGCUGCUCGAGCAGAAAUCCGAGCUGAAAAAAAAAAAAACGGGGAAUUUACUUUGUCGUUGUUUUUUUGGGGGGGUUUAUUUUUGAUUUUAGGACCUUUUUUACUGUCACUUGACUAAAGAAAAGCCUUUUAUCGAAAUAAAAAGGAUGUCAAAGCGGUUGCGAAGCAGUGAGGUUUGCGCAGAUUGCAGCGUCCCGGCAGCUGUGGAUAUUGGUACGGUUGCUGAGAGACACAAAUCUACUGGUAAUCCUGACCUUCAAAGCAAAAAAGACCCGCGCUGGGCCUCUGUUAACCGUGGAGUGUUAAUCUGUGAUGAAUGCUGUAGUGUGCAUAGAAGUUUGGGACGACACAGCUCUCAGGUGCGGCAUCUAACACACACGCCCUGGCCUGCCACACAGCUACAGAUGGUGCAGACGUUGUAUGGUAAUGGUGCAAAUUCAAUAUGGGAGCAUUCCCUUCUGGAUCCUGCAUCAAUAAUGAGUGGCAAGCGUAAGGCCAACCCACAGGAUAAAGUACACCCAAACAAAGCAGAGUUUAUAAGAGCCAAAUACCAGAUGCUGGCAUUUGUCCAUCGGAUGCCAUGUCGGGAUGAGGACAGCGUUACAGCCAAGGACCUCAGUAAGCAACUUCAUUCAAGCGUUCGGACUGGGAACCUGGAGACGUGUUUGAGGUUACUCUCCCUUGGAGCCCAGGCAAACUUCUUUCACCCAGAGAAAGGAAACACUCCCCUUCAUGUUGCAGCAAAAGCAGGACAGAUUUUACAAAUUGAGCUUUUAACUGUGUACGGUGCCGAUCCUGGGGCUCCUGAUGCUAGUGGCAAAACCCCAAUUGACUAUGCAAGGCAAGCUGGACAUCAGGAUCUUGCAGAUCGGUUGGUUGAAAUCCAGUAUGAACUCACUGACAGGCUAGCAUUCUACCUCUGUGGGAGAAAGCCAGAUCAUAAAAGUGGACAGCACUUUAUAAUUCCUCAAAUGGCAGACAGCAGUCUCGAUUUAUCUGAAUUGGCAAAAGCUGCUAAGAAAAAGCUUCAGUCUCUAAGCAAUCACUUAUUUGAAGAAUUGGCCAUGGAUGUCUACGAUGAAGUUGAUAGAAGGGAGACCGAUGCAGUGUGGCUAGCAACACAGAACCACAGCACCCUAGUUACUGAGACUACAGUCGUGCCUUUCCUUCCUGUGAACCCAGAAUACUCCUCAACCAGGAACCAGGGGAGACAGAAACUUGCAAGGUUCAAUGCUCAUGAAUUUGCAACCCUUGUAAUUGAUAUUUUAAGUGAUGCCAAACGUCGACAGCUAGGAAGCUCUGUUUCAAGCCCUAAAGAAAACAUAGAGCUGAUACUGAAGAACAUAGGGAGCCGACAUGGAAGUGAAAGUCAGGACAAUGACCAGCCUGAUUACGACAGCGUGGCUUCAGAUGAGGAUACGGAUCUGGAGCCAUCGUCGGUGAAAACAAACCGGGCCAAGAGUGUGGACUCAGACUUGUCAGAUGGGCCAAUCACAGUGCAGGAGUUCAUGGAGGUUAAAAACGCACUGAUGGCAUCAGAAGCAAAGAUUCACCAGCUAAUGAAAGUGAACAGCAACCUGAGUGAUGAACUGAGGCUGAUGCAGAAAAAGCUGCAAACACUGCAAAGCGAGAACACUGCUCUCAGGCGGCAGGUUACAGCCAAUAUCUAUCAGGUCCCGACUGGUUCAGAAUACCCAGACCCCUCCAGCCCUUCAUCCCUGAAGCGGCGUCCGUCUGCAAGAGGCAGCCGGCCCAUGUCUAUGUAUGAGACUGGCUCUGGUCAGAAGCCCUAUCUCCCAAAGGGAGAGGUCACCUACCCAGAAGAGGGUGUAGCCAGACUGCAGCCUUUCCCACCACAUAUUGGGAGGAGUGCUUUCGUGACCUCCUCUUCAUCUCUCCCUUCCUUCCCUUCCACGCUCUCCUGGUCGCGGGAUGAGAAUGCACGAAGGGCCUCUAAACUGGAAAAGCAAAGCAGCAUGCCGGACAGCGAUUAUGACAACACACCCAAUGACUCUGAACUGGAUGAUACAGGAUGCAAUCGAAAGGGCAAGCUGAGAACUAGCGGGUGGCAUGGAGGGGGAUCCAUCCCUGAGCUGGAUCAGGACCUGGAAGCAGAGCCUGACUCCACCCUGCCCAGUACAGAGGAUGUCAUCCGUAAAACAGAGCAGAUAACCAAGAACAUUCAAGAGCUGCUGCGAGCCGCACAAGAGGACAAACAUGAGAGCAGACCUAAUGAACGCGAGAGCCUGCGAAAGCUCAGGCACAGUCUCGGCUGUUUCAGUACCCUGGUUCCAUGGGCCGACAAAACUCCUUCCCUGCAUUCUCUCAGCCUGCACCAGCCCAACCCUGCCUCCUGUUUUAUACCAUGUUCAGAAAGAAUACACAUCGCUGUAACCGAAAUGGCUGCCCUCUUUCCCAAGAAGCCGCGGUCGGAGAUGGUCCGAGCCUCACUCAGGCUGCUGACUUCAAGUGCUUAUCGUUUGCAGUCAGAGUGCAGGAAGACCCUGCCUGUGGAGAGCAGUCCAGACGCCGACAUGCAGCUGGUCACCCAGCAGGUCAUCCAGUCUGCCUAUGACAUCGCCAAGGCAGCCAAGCAACUGGUCACCAUCACCACCAAAGAGAACAGCAACUGACACCAGCAGGGGGAGGGGUGCCUGUUAAGUUCCUUUAUCACUUGGUUAAGAUUUUAUUAAUUUUCAUUUAAAUAAAUAUAAUAAAUAACAAAUGGAGACAUUUUAAUUUUUU